AUGACUUCCAAAUCCUUUAAUGAACACGACAAAACUCCUCUAAUAGAGAACAAACCUCUCCAACGCUAUUAUGCCUCCCUCGAAUCUCGAAUUGGAUAUAGGUUGGUGUUAGGAGGUACACGCCAUUUUGGUUUCUAUCCAUCUGGCACAGUAUGGCCAUUUCCUAUCCCCAAGGCUCUCCACGCCAUGGAGGACCAUCUCAUCGCGAAUUUGGCUUUAGAAUCAGGCUCGAAAGUACUAGAUGCAGGAUGCGGUGUGGGACAUGUCGCUAUUCAUCUCGCAAAGACUGCCGGUUUCCGUGUUCAUGGAAUUGACGUGGUGGAUCAUCAUAUUAUCAAGUCACGAAAGAAUGUCAAGGCAGAUGCAUUGGACGGGGCGAUCACCAUUACCAAGGAGGACUAUCAUCAUCUUGACGCCUUUGCAGAUGAUUCUUUCGAUGGGGCGUAUACAAUGGAAACAUUUGUUCAUGCAGUUGAUCCAGAGGUUGCUGCUGCGGAAUUCUUUCGUGUUAUUCGACCGAGAGGUUCACUUGCGAUGUAUGAAUACGAUCACAUCGACUUCACCACUCAAUCUAAGGAUGUCGGAAGUUCAUUCACCAAUAUCAACACACAUGCAGCUAUGCCCGCACACGAGCGGUUCAACCAAGGCGUAUUGGAAGAGAUACUUGCGGAGGCCGGGUUUGAGGAUAUUGUAGUGAAGGAUCUUUCAGAUAAUGUUCUCCCAAUGUUGAGGAUGUUCUAUCUCCUGGCUUUCAUUCCUUACUUCAUCGUCAGUUUUCUCGGACUUCAAUCGUUCUUCAUCAACACGGUGGCUGGCUAUAAGGGCUAUGUUUACAGAUCUACAUCACGAUAUAUUGCAGUCUCGGCCAAAAAGCCUUUGGGGGCGAAUAUGCAGAAGAAUCGGGGAUGA